AUGGUGGUUAAUAGGAAAGACUCUUUCCAUGGCAUCACACUGGAUACAAAGAUCGGCUUUAAUUAUCCCACCGACUGGGAAAACUAUUCGUUGUUGUUUGGUAUGGCGGCGUCUUUGAACGAUGAUGCACUUGGUCAAGGUCGUGAUCUUACGAAGUUGGAAAACGCUAGUGCGGCCAAGAGGACGAAAGUCGUUAACCAUUCGUUAAAGUUGCAACGAAAUGACAGGCUGGAUGCCACCGUCGUGAUUUCACUGACCAUGCAAUGGUCAGUAACAAUAUCAGUCAAGUAUGUUUGCCAUGUCUGGUAGGGAAAAAAGGAAGUUUUUAUGGUUUUUUUAUUCUGGCGGGUAAGGAAGGGAUUCUUUAUGAUAUUAACUAAAUAAUUCUAUUAGUGUAAAUAUUUAGACCGUUCUCCCCCGUGAAGACUCUUCUAAUAGGAUCGGAGCUGGAGCUUGAAGAUAAAUAA